AGAAGAUGAUCUGCAGGAUCCUGCUGCUCAUCAUCCUCAACUCAUGUCUCUGUGCAGCAACAUUUGUAGUGAAUGUGACACAGAGCUCCUAUCAGGCAGAGGAGAACCACAGCAUCACUCUGGAGUGGACCUUCACCACCACACCUGAUGGAUCCUGGAGAGAUCUGUUCAUCCUCUGCAGCUUGUUAACUCCUAGUAAAGAAUUAAUCCUGUAUCAGGUCCAUGAUGGUGUUGAGGUGUCAGAGUCUCAGGAUGAACAGUUUUCAGGACGAGUCCAGAGUGACAAAGACGUCCUCAGAGAAGGACGAAUCAGACUCCAUGUGUCCAGACUGAGGACUGAAGACUCUGGACUGUAUCUGUGUGAAGUGGACACUGAUUUUGGUUCUGGUUCAGCGGGGACCAGGAUCACAGUCUCUGUUAGAGAUGAUGUUCCCUCAACAAAAGCUCCUUUAACGGGUACCCCAGAAGACUUGAAACCACUUUGGAUUGGUCUAGGAGUUCUUGGGGUAUUUGAAGUUCUUGGAGUUCUGGCUCUAUCUACUAUUUGUUUUAUCCUAUGUUGUGAAGGAAAAAAGAAAACACAGAACAAAGGACAACGCAGGCAUGGAACAGAGUUGUACUGAACAGAGUUCAGAGGAAGAGGAGAAACCCAACGAUUCGAACAGGAAAAACACCGGGAACAAGUCUGAGAGCGACGGCCUCAUCAGCAGAGGCCGCACCACAACGCAAAAGGAUGACUGAAACCUCUGAAAAUCUAUCUGAAAUAACUAUAAGAUAACAUUAGUAUGAACAUAACUUUUCAUUUCUCUGGACCUUUGGAUGAUAUUAGGUUACUAUAUACUAUGUGAAGACUCAUGAACUAUCAUGG